CACUGAUUCUUCAUCACUAAAACCAUCAUCGUCAUCAUCACUCGAACUUCUCUUCAGUUUAUUUUUUCUCUCUCUCGUACACGUGUGAAAUGCAGGUCAGUUGUGUUGCGCGUCUCCAGACAUUGACUGCACACGUGCGUUAAGUUCCCUCGCUCCAGCGUGAUUUAUUCCCGCGGGUGAAGUUAAGACGAAGACGUCUUUGAAUGUGUGCAUGUGUCCUUUGAACUGUGGCACUGGGCGCAGACGGUGACUGUGUGCUGCCGUCGCGGUGUGUGUGUGGAUGAUGAAGGAGCAGUUAGUGGACACCUGAUGUUCCUGUGGCAUCAACACACACCGGGGUCUGUGCCGCACACCGAGGGGGGACGUCAUCCUCACCCACGGUAGAGGGAAAAAGUUGUUCCGAACAUCAAUUUAUAACUGGCCGCUACGUGUCUUAUCCCUAAUAUGAGCGGAUUAAUUUGUGCGUGCGUGUAGGCUAGAGAGAGAGAGAGAGAGCGGGAGAGAGAGAGAGGGAGGGAGGCAAUAAAGUCAGAGGGAAAUAUAUUUGAUGAGCAACAUGAAGACAAAGACCAGUCCUGUUUUUUGACCAGUAAGAUUUUGGUUUCCCAGUUGGUUGUAGGUCACCAGUGUGAGAGGACGUGCAGUGGAGUGACAACAAACCUUAGAUCAAAAUUAAAGUAGUGACAGAGAUGCUACUUUAAGAGCUGGCAAUUGUUUUUCUCAUUUUUUCUUCAGUUUUACUGCAUUUUUGAAGUAUUUAUUUUUGAAGUGCUUGUGGUCCGAGGACAUGUGGACCCUAAGAUUCUGUCUCACGUCUUUUGCCUUCUCCUAAUGAGACAGAAGCUCAUAUCUGAGACUAGGAAAGACCUACAGCUGAAGGCAGGAGAACCACACCUCAUGCUCGCACUCAGCAAAACAUCCAGUGGAAACGGGUCUGACAAACAUGGGUGUGCUCCAGCUCCACAAUCCCACUCACCCCAGCACGCUGCUGCAGCGGGCCAACCAGAUGCGCCUCACCGGAACCUUGUGUGACGUCAUCAUCACGGUGGACGGCCAUGAGUUCCCGGCGCAUCGCACCGUCCUGGCCUGCACCAGCAAGAUGUUCGAGAUCCUGUUCCACCGCAGCAGCCUGCGGUAUGCCCUGGAUUUCCUGUCCCCUAAGACUUUUCAGCAGAUCCUGGAGUACGCCUACACCGCAUCGCUCCAGGCCAGCGCCGAGGACCUGGACGACCUGCUGUACGCUGCCGAGAUCCUGGAGAUCGAGUAUCUAGAAGAGCAGUGUCUUAAAGUUCUGGAGACCAUUCAGGCAGAGGAGAAUGAGGAAGUGGCCAUGAGGAAUCAAAGCUCAGCCGAUCACGGUGACCACGGCCGGGCCCGGCACUGGAGGCACAUGCUAAUGGCCAAGAAGCAUUCCAUACAUGACAGAACCACGCUAACUCCUCCCACCACUCUGCACCACCUGGCGCUCCAUCACAUGGCAGAGAGAAGCUCUCCUGCUCCAGACUCUAAGGGUGUCUCAGGAUUGAGCCCCAAACUGGAUGUGGAGGUGGACAUGGAACAGUGUCGGCAGCAGCACCAGCAGCACAGGGCAGCGAUGUCCCGGUCCAUGUCCCUGGAGCCCACCACCAGUGUAAAAUCAGAAGACAUGCAGGUGGAUGAAGUCCACAGCUGCAGCGGCCUGUCAUCCAGCAGCUGUAACAGGAGUCUGUCCAACCAACCCAGAGAGGAGACCCCGGGGACACCCCUGCGCGGCAGUGUCAUCACCAGCGCCCGGGAGCUCCACCCGGGAUCUGAAAACGGAACGCAGGUGCUGACGAACUCCCUCGACUGUUUUCCCUCCAUCUACUCCGUGCCCUCCCACCAACUGGGAGACGGGAUGGUGUCCAUUUCGGUGACCCCAUCCCUGGGCAUGCCACUGGACCCGAGGACGUACGGCGGCCUUCUGCACCAAGGUGUGCUGCACAGGGAGCUGCUCAGUCGACUGGGCCAGUUUGCAGCAGGGAUAAGGCAGGAAGGCCAGACUCAAGGCCAGCAGUGCUGCAGCCAGUGUGGACUGCAGCUGCCCAGCAAGCAGGCCAUGGAGCAGCACAGGAGGCUGCAUAAUGAAGAGAAGGGCCAUGGCUGCGAAUACUGUGGCAAACAUUUCCAGGACAGCAUGAGGCUACGAAUGCACAUGCUGUCUCACACAGCUCCUGCCGAGGCGCUGGUGUGUGAUCAGUGUGGAGCAACUUUUUCCUCAGAGGAUGCGCUGGAAACUCAUAGGCAAACUCACACAGGGACCGACAUGGCGGUGUUCUGUCUGCUGUGUGCGAAGCGCUUUCAGACCCAGAAGGCCCUGCAGCAGCACAUGGAGGUCCACACCGGAAUGCACAGCUACAUUUGCAGCCACUGUGAGCGGCCCUUCCCGAGCCACACCACCCUCAAAAGACACCUGCGCUCUCAUACGGGUGAUCAUCCGUUCGAGUGCGAGUUCUGCGGGAGCUGCUUCAGAGACGACGGCACACUGAGAGGCCACAAACGCAUUCACACGGGAGAGAAGCCUUACGAAUGCAACAGCUGUGGGAAAAGGUUCAGCCUCAAACAUCAGCUGGAGACGCACUACAGAGUUCACACAGGUGAGAAGCCAUUUGAGUGUAAGCUGUGUCACCAACGUUCCAGAGACUACUCGGCCAUGAUCAAGCACCUGCGCACGCACAACGGAGCGUCUCCGUACCAGUGCACCAUCUGUAAGGACUUCUGCCCCAGCCUGGCUGCCAUGCAGAAGCACAUGAAGAGCCACAAGCCUGAGGAGGUGCCGGCCGACUGGAGGAUAGAAAAGACUUACCUGUACGUCUGCUACGUGUGAACGGGACUGAGUACAGCCCUUCUCUCUCUCUCUCUCUCUCUGUCUCUCUCUCUCACACACACACACACACAGGUUUCGAAAUAUCAAAACUAAAUUGAAUUUGAUUGAUUCCAAUCGCUAAUAAAAAAACACAAAACAACACAUUCUCCACAACGUAGAGAGUUCUACGAACCCCAAAAAACCAACUCAGUCACAGUCACAUGUUCUACUCUGGUGCAGAACCUCACUGUGGAAAUGUCAGUUCACACCACGGCAGUGUGAACUUUACUGGUUCCAUCAAUUAUUUUAACGUGAGACUGUGGUUAUAAAGAGACAAAAGACCCCCCCCCCCCCUACACACACACACACCUCCUCUCACCUCCCCAGGUGUGUCUGACACUGUAAUGAAUCUCACAUACCCAGUAUGGCUUUUCUACUUCCUUGUUUACACAUACUUUACUAGGGGAAAGCACAGUCAGAAGAGCGGCCCUGUUUGAGUCAGUUUGUAGCAGUCAGGCAGCGUUAGCGGCAGCGUUAGCAGCAGCGUUAGCGGCAGCGUUAGCAGCAGUGUUAGCGGCAGCUGUAGCGGAUCAUAUAUAUCUCUCCUCUCACCUGUUCAUCAAGGCACUCGUUACUUGUUGCUCUGUGUUGAUAUUAAAAAAUAAUCUUUUUGGGAUACAUUCUGGUCUAAAGCUAUAACAGCUUUUCUUUUCUUCAUUUAACUUUUUAAGGAACAUGACUCUCAUGCAAAUAUGGUGAUGUUUGUGUAGGUGUUGCUCAAAAUAAAUAACACAUCUGUCAGUAAUGUCAAUUUAGAAGACGACAAAACUUCAUAUUCUGUCAGUCCAAACCAUACAGAGCGAAUAAGAGACAGACCUGUGCCUGAGAUGAACCAAUGGAAGAGAUUUAAUAAUGUCCAACAGGACGUUGACAUUAGGACACUUCAUUACACUGUACUGUACUCUACUGUAAACCUGACCUCAAAAUACAACUUCACUGUAAAAAUGAUCCCAGCAGGAACAAAGUGGAAUUUGAAAGUUUCCCAGCACACACAUACACACACACACACACACACACACCCAGUGUUACCAGUUGGUAUGUAACGACUACUUCUGUUCGAUCCACUGUUGAGUUAACAGGACGUUGGCUGCGUCUCUGUUCAGCUGCAGGUUUUUUUCAUUUGUUCUUUUGUCGAACCAUCGCACAGAGUUUGAAGUCUUCUGUGAUAAUCAGUGAUGGUGGACUGGCAGACAGCGAGGACUCUGUCCUCCUGUGUCUCAUCUCCGCACCUUUUCAUUCGCUGGUCUUAUUCUUUUACUCUGCUGGUUCCAUUCUGCAUGGUUUAGUUGAAAGCUGCCAUGUUUGCCCCGAUGAGCUGCCGCUCUCUCAGUUCUUUGUCUUCUUUGCAGUGGGUGGUUUUUGUUUCAGGUUUUCUGGCUUCAAAACGAGACUGAAAUUUGUGUAAUGUUUUUGGCUAUUUAUGUGCAGCUUUGUUUUCUUUUAAUUACCAAAAAUGUUUUGUCAUUUCUCUCUCUCGCUCUCUCUCUGUCACGCACAAACACAAACACAAACACACGUACACAGAUGUUGUUAUUUAUUAUCCAUUAGUGUGAUAAUCACAGCCCAUGAUCAUAACCACGGAUGAAGUCAGGGGUUAAGCCACAGAAGUGGACGUGUUGAGGGAUGGCUCCGUACUACCGAUAACUUCGGAGUUUCCGAUACCAAUACCAAUCCGAUACUUUGUUUUCUCCUGUUGCUGCUCCUGUUAAUGGCAUGUCUCGCAGAGUUUAGUUGAGUAUUUGGGCUCAGGUAUCUGCUCGGACAGCUACAGUAGUUUUUUUCACUUUUUGGUAUGGUAUCGGAUCAGUACCAAUCCUGAGCAUUGAGCCAUCCCUAGUAGCGUUAAGUUGGUUUUGGAAGUUAGUUGCUGUCAGGUCUUUAUGGUAUGUUAGACUAGUGUUUGUCCUCUGAUAAAGAAUGGUUGUUUUUUGUUUUUUUUUUUGCUGCUCCUCUUGAGAAGAUAUGACACUUCCUUGAUUCUUGUGUAAAAUUCCAACUUAUGUACACUACAAACGUUGUGUAGCACUCCAGUGAACAACGCUGCAUCUGUUUAUUCUCAUCCCUCAUUUAUCUCAGAGAGUAAUGGCAGUCUUUGUCCAGAUACCAGGGACAGAGGAAGAUUUUAAUGUGAGAUCAUGGUUCCAUGAGUCCACUCUCAUGAGCUCUGUGGUACCAGGGGAACUUUUGGUGCUUACUGCAGCUAGUGUGGGAUUCACACCUGUUAUUCUCCAGUUGGAAGCCCAGUUCUUGUAUCACUAAACCAAGGGCUGCUCCUUAUUUUUACUACAGCAAACCAAAACCAGCAGAAGCACAGUUUAAAUUUGAACUCUGUGAAGGUUAAACCACUGGUUCCCAACCUUUUUUUUGUUUUUUUUUGGCUUGUGACCCAAUUUUCACAAUCAUUACGAAUCAUUACUACUCUAAGAACCAAUACGAAUUGUCACUUUUUUUGGAUGUAACAUCCAAAGCACUUCCUCCAGUCUAUUCCUGUGGCUCGACUUCAAGACUUCAAGAGUUUUAAGUCACACUCUGUACAUUCAUCCACUUCAUUUUAUUAACAGUCAAUGACUCACCAGAGAGAAUUUACCUCGCUUCAGUGUUUUUUUCGUCCACUGCAAAUUAUUCACCCUUGCAAAAAAAAAAAAUUUCUAUGAUUAAAAUAAAAACAUUUUAAAAUAUGUGGAAAAAAAUGCCUCAGCAAGGCUUUAUGUGUAGUUUUUUAAUUGUUGUCUAUGAACAGACAUAUGAAACCAGUGAUUGAGAAUUUUCUAAAGGAAAAUUAAAGAAAGCGUUUUGUUUUUUUUAACAAAACAUGAAAUUUGUCAGAAGUUGGUUUCGUCCCAGUGAUGAGCCAGACCAAAGUUGAUCACAUGGCGAACAUACAUCAGUGAAUUCUAGGCCCUUAAGGGUCUACAUCUUGUAUCCAGCGAUCUGUUUUUUUUGUUGUUUUUUUUUGGGCUGUAACCUAUUUAAAAUGCCCAAUAUUUGAACCUGUUUAGGGACAAAAAUAUUUUUAGACCAAUAGUUGUCCCGACCGACAGCUUUAAUUAAAAUUUGUGGCUCACAUUUAGUACAAACAUUUAUUUUGUGGGCCACAUUUGUUAAAUCCCGUAUGCACAGCAAAAUAUUCUGAAUAUUUCUUUUGUCCCGUCUUUGGUUUAAAUCAAUGGUGAUGUGGACCAAUAGAGUAAGCGACCCUUGGUCCCACAUUGUAAAGGUGAUGUAAGCCAAAGAUGAAGCAAAUCCUGCCCUCUUGUGUCUCUUCACUGGAACAAUCAAACACCUGUCCCACAUUCUAAAUGUACUAACUCUAAUUGCUGUAGCAAAUGUCCUUCGCAGGAUACAAGAUGUCAGUCAUGCAGGUCAUGUUGUUCAUUGCUUUAUGUGAGCCAGUAAACAGACCAGGUCUGUCGUGUCUGUUCUGACGUCGAAUCACUCUGGGCAGGUUAUUGCCAGUCGUAGUGUAGCUGUUGUGUACCAGCUGUCCUUGUAUGUUAUAAUCAGAAGUGAGCCUGACACUGGCCUUAUAGAUUUCAACCAUGUUGUAUUUUUGUAUUACUGUAAAUUGCUAUUUGUUUACAUUUGGUAUGAUUUGAAAAAAACAUCUUUCAAGUGUGUGGUUUAUACUGUAACUCCCUCAGUUGAUUAUGAUCUCUCCCUUGUGCCUCUUUUUAUAAGUAGAGCAUUGAUGUGCUUGAGUACGUGGGUAUGUGCUGUUGGUGGUCGUUCCUCAGUGUUCGUUUCUCGUUGAUUAAAACUUAGACUGCCAUGCUAGAUCUGCUUCGUCUGAACAUUGCAACUGGAAAAUACGUGAUGGUGGUCGAUUGAGUCCGAAGCAAGUCUCAAGCAUUUUAUCAAGUAAAAGUACAAACUCUGCCAUCUCAAAUGGGUUCCUUCAAAGAUACAGUAACUAAGACCUGGUCCAUUAGUGGGCAGAUAUUUAAAAACAAGAAAUCUUCCAGUAAUGUUUACUGUCUGUAUAUGAAUGUCAUUGGAAGGCUAGGUUUUGUUUUGUUCAGUUUGCGUGAUGGUUCCUAUUGGCUGAAAUAGGAAGAAAAGGAAAGGAAAUAAACAAUCCUGUUCCUGCCCGACAUAAUAUAACUACUUCCUGUCACAGCAGAAGAAAUUAGAAAAAUAUUAAAUAAAAAAUAACAAUAAUUAUUUAGCACAAUAUGUUAGUAUGCAGAAGAACUGAGAAACAUAACAGACUGUGUUAUUGUCUACACAGCAGGCAUUAAAGAUUUGUAGGGUUUUGUACGUUAUAUCACCACCUGCUGACAUGACCAACAUCUGGUUGCAUAAAGCCAAGUCUGUUUAUUUGUAUUUGAAGAAAGAAAAAUCUCAUCUUUCAUAAAUAAAUGCAUACUAGUGGACUGGGCCUAAGAUUUCCCUUCACAAUAAACAUCAUUUCAAACAGACCGUACAUGUUAACAUGUAACAUGUUAAAUACUGCUGAGUAAUGAAAAAAAAAAAAAAAAUAAUGCUGGGGCUUGCUCGUACAAAGGAACCCUAAGAAAAAAAAAAUUACGAAAUGUGCAAUGUCUUAAGCCACCAACAGUCAGUGCCAUGAGAAGAAAAAACACACAUUCACUGUAUCUAUUUUACAUAAACAUGCACUAUUAUUGUAUUUUGCCCAGUGGACCAAAAGAACUGUUUUUUUCUUUGAUCUUUCUAUGUUGUGAUAAUGCAGGUGUCCUUUUAUUUGAUGUGUCCUUUAAAGGAUGUGAGUAACAGCAUUUAGAUUAUGUCAAUGUUUGUCUACCUCAGGGCCAGAUCAAAGCUCGACCUGGUGUCCAAUCAGGGUUGUUCUCAUUGCCAUGCGUGCAGUAAAAAAAUAAUAAUAGUUAAAAAAAAAUCUCUCUCUUCACUAUAGCUUUGUAACACAGUGUGUGAAAGUGUUUUCUCAGUGUGAAUUUAGGCACAACUCUGUAUGCGUCAGUGUUCAGUGGCAUGGUUUAAGAAAAUAAUAAAAUAAUUUGCUAUA